AUGGGAUCAGUGAUAUGGAAAGGAGUGAUACUCGUAUCCCAGCGUAUCGCAGCGUAUCCCAGCGUAUCCCAGCGUAUCCCAUCGUAUCGCAGCGUAUCCCAUCGUAUCGCAGCGUAUCCCAGCGUAUCGCAGCGUAUCCCAGCGUAUCCCAGCGUAUCCCAGCGUAUCGCAGCGUAUCCCAGCGUAUCCCAGCGUAUCCCAGCGUAUCGCAGCGUAUCCCACCGUAUCGCAGCGUAUCCCACCGUAUCCCAUCGUAUAUCAGCGUAUCCCACCGUAUCCCACCGUAUCCCUUCGUAUAUCAGCGUAUCCCACCAUAUCCCACCGUAUCCCACCGUAUCGCAGCGUAUCCCACCGUAUCGCAGCGUAUCCCACCGUAUAUCAGCGUAUCCCAUCGUAUCCCAUCGUAUCCCACCGUAUCCCACCGUAUAUCAGCGUAUCCCACCGUAUAUCAGCGUAUCCCAUCGUAUCCCAUCGUAUCCCAGCGUAUCCCACCGUAUCGCAGCGUAUCCCACCGUAUCGCAGCGUAUCCCAUCGUAUCCCAUCGUAUCGCAGCGUAUCCCAGCGUAUCGCAGCGUAUCCCAGCGUAUCCCACCGUAUCCCAUCGUAUCCCAGCGUAUCCCAGCGUAUCCCACCGUAUCCCACCGUAUCCCAUCGUAUCCCACCGUAUCGCACCGUAUCCCAUCGUAUCGCAGCGUAUCCCAUCGUAUCCCAGCGUAUCCCAGCGUAUCCCAGCGUAUCGCAGCGUAUCCCAUCGUAUCGCAGCGUAUCGCAGCGUAUCCCAUCGUAUCCCAGCGUAUCCCACCGUAUCGCACCGUAUCCCAUCGUAUCGCAGCGUAUCGCAGCGUAUCCCAUCGUAUCUCAGCGUAUCGCAGCGUAUCCCACCGUAUCGCAGCGUAUCGCAGCGUAUCCCAUCGUAUCCCAGCGUAUCCCACCGUAUCGCACCGUAUCCCACCGUAUCGCAGCGUAUCGCAGCGUAUCCCAUCGUAUCCCAGCGUAUCCCACCGUAUCGCACCGUAUCCCACCGUAUCGCAGCGUAUCCCAGCGUAUCCCACCGUAUCGCACCGUAUCCCAUCGUAUCCCAUCGUAUCGCAGCAUAUCGCAGCGUAUCCCAUCGUAUCUCAGCGUAUCGCAGCGUAUCCCACCGUAUAUCAGCGUAUCCCACCGUAUAUCAGCGUAUCCCACCGUAUAUCAGCGUAUCCCAUCGUAUCCCAUCGUAUCGCAGCGUAUCCCACCGUAUCCCACCGUAUCUCAGCGUAUCCCAUCGUAUCCCAUCGUAUCGCAGCGUAUCGCAGCGUAUCCCACCGUAUCCCAUCGUAUCCCACCGUAUCGCACCGUAUCCCAUCGUAUCGCAGCGUAUCCCAGCGUAUCGCAGCGUAUCCCAUCGUAUCGCAUCGUAUCGCAGCGUAUCCCACGUAUCAGCGUAUCCCAGCGUAUCCCACCGUAUCCCAUCGUAUCGCAGCGUAUCGCAGCGUAUCCCACCGUAUCGCAGCGUAUCCCACCGUAUCCCACCGUAUAUCAGCGUAUCCCACCGUAUCGCAGCGUAUCCCACCGUAUCCCAUCGUAUCCCACCGUAUCGCAGCGUAUCGCAGCGUAUCCCACCGUAUCCCAUCGUAUCCCACCGUAUCGCACCGUAUCCCAUCGUAUCGCAGCGUAUCCCAGCGUAUCGCAGCGUAUCCCAUCGUAUCGCAUCGUAUCCCAUCGUAUCGCAGCGUAUCCCAGCGUAUCGCAGCGUAUCCCAGCGUAUCCCAGCGUAUCCCACCGUAUCCCAGCGUAUCAUAUCCCACCGUAUCCAAUCGUAUCGCAGCGUAUCCCAUCGUAUCCCACCGAUAUCCCACCGUAUCCCAUCGUAUCGCACGCGUAUCCCAUCGUAUCCCAUCGUAUCGCAGCGUAUCCCACCGUAUCGCAGCGUAUCCCACCGUAUCCCACGUAUCGCAGCGUAUCCCAUCGUAUCGCAGCGUAUCCCACCGUAUCCCAGCGUAUCCCACCGUAUCGCAGCGUAUCCCAGCGUAUCGCAGCGUAUCCCACCGUAUCCCAUCGUAUCCCACCGUAUCGCACCGUAUCCCAUCGUAUCGCAGCGUAUCCCACCGUAUCGCAGCGUAUCGCAGCGUAUCCCAUCGUAUCCCACCGUAUCCCACCGUAUAUCAGCGUAUCCCAUCGUAUCCCAUCGUAUCCCACCGUAUAUCAGCGUAUCCCACCGUAUAUCAGCGUAUCCCAUCGUAUCCCAUCGUAUCCCACCGUAUAUCAGCGUAUCCCACCGUAUAUCAGCGUAUCCCAUCGUAUCCCAUCGUAUCCCAGCGUAUCCCACCGUAUCGCAUCGUAUCCCACCGUAUCGCAGCGUAUCGCAUCGUAUCCCACCGUAUCGCAGCGUAUCCCAUCGUAUCCCAUCGUAUCCCACCGUAUCCCACCGUAUAUCAGCGUAUCCCACCGUAUCCCACCGUAUCGCAUCGUAUCCCACCGUAUCGCAGCGUAUCGCAUCGUAUCCCACCGUAUCGCAGCGUAUCCCAUCGUAUCCCAUCGUAUCCCAUCAUAUCCCACCGUAUCCCAUCGUAUCCCAUCGUAUCCCAUCAUAUCCCACCGUAUCCCAUCGUAUCCCAUCGUAUCCCACCGUAUCGCAGCAAAGUGUGUGCGACGGUGGAGGAGAACAGUCGUCUGAAGACUCGUCUGCAGGUAGCGGAGGCAGUGCAGAGAGACAGACAGAGUAACAGUGCAGAGCAGGACUAUGAAGAGGUCAUUACACUGCUAGAGGCUGAGAUCAAAGACCUGAAGAACCAACUGGCGGGCAAGAACCAGAAGGGUCUGGAAGCUACUAAGGAAGAUGUGAUGGAGCUAAACAGGAAGUUGUCGAUGAUUGACUGUCAGCUGAGGAAGUCUGAGUUGAGCAGAAGACACCUGGAGAUCUCUAACAAGAAACUACUGGGAUUCGCACAGGUACACUACACCUGUAACACAUCUGUGACACACCCCCGACACACCUUUACAACAACACUCACCUGUCCACCUUUCAUACAACUAACUCCUGGGCUUCACACUGUUAACAUUACAUCUGUAACACACCUUUACAACAACACUACCUGUCCACCUCUCAUACAACUAACUCCUGGCCUUCACACAGGUAACAUUCCAUCUGUAACACACCUUUACAACAACACUCACCUGUCCACCUCUCAUACAACUAACUCCUGGGCUUCACACAGGUAACAUUCCAUCUGUAACACACCUUUACAACAACACUCACCUGUCCACCUCUCAUACAACUAACUCCUGGCCUUCACACAGGUAACAUUACAUCUGUAACACACCUUUACAACAACACUCACCUGUCCAUCUCUCAACUGUAAACACAGUCACACAGGUUGUGUAACACACCUACCCGUGAGCCCUAGCUGACGCCUCUCUGGUCAUGCUCUGUUGUGUUCUGAACCUGUACUGCCACCUAGUUGUUCAAAACUACUUUCUAGUUUUAUGUAUGUGGAUUUCUGUGCUGACUGACUGGCUGACUGGCUGGCUAACUGGCUGGCUGGCUGGCUGUCCGUCUGGCUG